GAGACCCGCGCGGGGACCGGGGGACGGUGAGCGCGGCCGGUGGCAUCUCCUGGGGUCGGGGUCUGGCCUGCGACGGCGGAGACAGACGAUGGCCUUGCUGUGCUACAACCGGGGCUGCGGCCAGCGCUUCGAUCCCGAGACCAAUUCCGACGAUGCUUGCACAUACCACCCAGGUGUUCCGGUCUUUCAUGAUGCAUUAAAGGGUUGGUCUUGCUGUAAGAGAAGAACAACUGAUUUUUCUGAUUUCUUAAGCAUUGUAGGCUGUACAAAAGGCAGACACAGCAGUGAGAAGCCCCCGGAGCCUGUCAAACCCGAAGUCAAGACUUCAGAGAAGAAAGAGCUCUCCGAGUUGAAACCUAAAUUUCAGGAGCACAUCAUUCAAGCCCCAAAACCAGUAGAAGCAAUAAAAAGGCCCAGCCCAGAUGAACCAAUGACAAAUUUGGAAUUAAAAGUAUCUGCUUCCCUAAAACAAGCACUUGAUAAACUUAAGCUGUCAUCAGGGAAUGAAGAAGAUAAGAAAGAAGAAGAUAGUGAUGAAAUUAAGAUUGGAACCUCAUGUAAAAAUGGAGGAUGUUCAAAGACAUAUCAGGGUCUACAAAGUCUAGAAGAAGUCUGUGUUUAUCAUUCUGGAGUACCUAUUUUUCAUGAGGGGAUGAAAUACUGGAGCUGUUGUAGAAGAAAAACUUCUGAUUUUAAUACAUUCUUAGCCCAAGAGGGCUGUACAACAGGGAAACACAUGUGGACAAAAAAGGAUGCUGGGAAGAAAGUUGUUCCAUGUAGGCAUGACUGGCAUCAGACUGGGGGUGAAGUCACCAUUUCAGUAUAUGCUAAAAAUUCACUUCCUGACCUUAGUCGAGUAGAAGCAAAUAGUACAUCGUUAAAUGUGCACAUUGUAUUUGAAGGAGAGAAGGAAUUUCAUCAAAAUGUUAAAUUAUGGGGUGUGAUUGAUGUAAAGCGAAGUUACGUAACUAUGACUGCCACAAAGAUUGAGAUCACCAUGAGAAAAGCUGAGCCUAUGCAGUGGGCAAGCCUUGAACUGCCUGCAGCCAAGAAGCCGGAAAAACAACAAGAAGAUAGAACAGAUUGAGGGAAGAGGGGAAAGAAGCUAUUCCCUGUUUCAGAAUUCUCACUGUGUGAAGCGGUGGCCCGCUGCUGUCGUCUUUAGUCGUGUGUUAUUUCUGAAUCUGGCAUUUCAGGGUCAAGAUUAGUUUUUUUUAAAGCCAAAGUCCGUUUACUUUUUUGUGCCUCCCAUCUUCCUUUUGAGUUAUAUAAGAUUGGUUAUUCAUUUCUCACUUACAGUACCAUGGUUGUGUCCUGCACUUGAAGAAGCUGGAAUAUGGAUCAUACACAGAGCGUCAGAGAAAUACUAAGCAACUUUUUUUCACAUCUGUCCUACCAUAAUUAGUAAAGCAAGAUGAAACGUUAUAUUUUUAAACAGUCUUCUCAUAGAUUUUACGUUCCUCUGAUACUUGAAGAUACUUGAGAUGAAGCUCUACCUUUUUUUAUGUGGCAUUGAUCACUUUUUAAGGAGGAAGAGGUAGUAUAGCUACAGGAGAAGACGUGUAUUGGUUAACAAAUAAGAAUUUGUUUACAACUAACUGACUUUCAAAAUUACAUCAAACUUACAUUACUUGGCAAACAUGAUUUAAGAGUAUAGGAAACAAAUGGAAUUGCAGGGGUAUCAAUUUGGUUAAAAUUCACCAUUUUGUAAAACAAAAUAAUAAUGUUAAAAAUCUUUUUUGAUGAUACCUCUGUAUGCUGGUAUGACUAAAUUGUACCUGAUUUACAGAUUAAACCCUCUUAAAAACUUUGUUACAUAUAAAAUCCUCCCUAAUGGAAAACUGUAUCUAUAAAAUCAUAGACUUAAAAGGUUUGUGGAAAUACAUUAGGGUGUGAGAAAAUUAAAUGUAGGAACUUAACUGAAUGACAACUAUUAUGUGUUAAAUAGCUUCUUUUGGAAUUGUUUUAAGGUUUUCAUGAAGAGCUUCACAAUUCUAGUGAUACAAUGUUGAUUAUAUGUUGUUUUUAUUUAUAUUAAAUAUGUG